AUGACGACUGGCUGUUUGAGGCUGACUCUGAAGCCCAAACACCGACUGAUGACACAGGAGACCAAACAGUAUCGGGAGGCCCUGGAGAGUUUGGUGGACAGGAAGUCUGUGAUGAAGGAUGAUGAAGACAAAGAAGAGGCUCUCUGUGCAGAGAAUCAGGGGGAAGGACAGCUGAAGAAACCUCGCAGAAAGGACACACCCGUCCUCAACUCUCCUCCACAUAUAUCAGGAGUGAGACUGCUGAAGGUGGAGAAGCAGAUGGUCCACUUAGAGGAUGAGGAAAGGGAUAUUAAGAAUUAA